AUGUCAAGCUCGACCGCAGCAGAUGAGGGAAAGGUAUGGGAAUCGCGUGCCCAUGUGCCCAUUACGGUCGUGACGGUGGUGCUGGGCUUGGCUUCGUUGGCCGUUGGCCUCCGAACCUAUGCCCGUGCCGUGGUGAUUCGCCAAUUCGGCAUGGACGACUAUGCCGCCAUCACUGCUCUUAUUUUUGCCAUGGGCAGCGGUAUUAUGGUGGCUUCAAACACCAUCUAUGGUGCUGGUCACCAUAUGGGCGAUCCUUCGAUCGAUUGGAGCCAGCUACCCAAGUAUUUCAGGACAUUCUACAUCUCCAUUGUCCUUUACAACGCCUCCUUGACGGCGAUCAAGCUCACCUUUUUGCUCCAAUACUACCGAGUUUUGGGAACACGACAGAUGCGCAAGGUUGUCGUCUAUGCACUGGUCUUCGUUGCCAUGUGGUCCAUCUCGCAGCUGCUUAUCGUCAUCUUCACCUGCACUCCGAUCGAGAAGUUUUGGCUUGCAGACUCGGUUCCAGGAAAAUGCAUGCCCAACUUGCCCUUCUGGUAUAUCAAUGCCGCUGGCAACAUUGUUACCGACGUCCUGAUCUUCAUCAUCCCCCUACCGGCGCUGGGAAGUCUCAACCUUCGGAAGAACCAAAAGCUAGCGCUUAUCGGCGUCUUCUGUCUUGGUUUCUUUACCUGCGCCAUCUCCAUCAUCCGCAUUCAAUAUCUCAAGCUCAGUGACGACACCACCUGGGACAACGUCGACUCGUCCUGCUGGUCCGUUUCCGAACUCGCCUCCGGCAUCGUCUGCUCGUGCCUGCCCACGCUCCGUCCUCUUCUCGCGCGCGUCAUCCCUUCCAUGGGCUCUCACAGCGCCCCCAGCCACGCCAAAUAUGUUCACCACUCAUCCGGCCGCGACGUCACCGAGGGCAGCAGUAUGGGUACCAAGCCUAAAUCCGGCAAGUUCGGCGGCCGCAGCGUUGUAUACCCAGAGGAUGUGGAGCUUCAAACCAAGGCCGACAGCCAGGAGGAAUUGGAGAAGCACGCGGCCGUGAUCGCACACUCGGCAGUUCCGGUACAGCCUGGCCAUCACCACGCAAGGACGGCAAGCAAGGACCAGUUCAACCGAUCGCCAUCGCAGAACCGUGGUCCCGGGGGACACCGCAUAGAGGAAGGCGGUUACGUGCCGCCUAACCAGCUUGGUCUGCAACCGACGGUGCGGACAGAAGUCAUGGUCGGGUCGCAACAGCAGCAGUCGAGGUGGACGAGACCGGUGGAAGGGACGAUCUCUGUGAAGCAUGAUUUGGUGGUUACUCAGGACUAUAACUAA